UUGGCAUAUAUUUUUUUUGUGGAUGUGUGUGUGAAAGCCCAUAGUGUGUCUCUGUCCCGCGGCCUUGAUGUAUUAUGCAGUCGCUAGUCCAAAGUCAACAACAACAGGUGUGUGUCCAUGACAGACAAAAAGGGAGUUUGUUUUGUCUUCGCUGCAGUGACCUUCGGGAGAGUCUCGAAGCCAGGGAAAAAAAUCCAAGUUAAAAUGAUUUGUAUGUGAGUGAAAAUAAAAUUUGCUUUUCACUCUACAAUUGCCUAUGACUGGUCCUCAAACCUGCGGGGUAGACAGUCCGAUGUAAUCCACAGUUCUUCCCGCAUCCUCCAAUCAUUUGUGGCAGCUUUGGGGUACUUUGAACACUGCCAGCAACUUCCAAUUUGUCGACAAACCAGAGCAACGCUUACUCCAAUCAGCAGAUGUCCUGUUGUCAUAAUUUCAAAUAGGUGGAUAUCUUCACGUCCUCGACAGAAAAGGGUCCCAAGAGUCCGUCGUGUGUCCAGCAACAACCAGUUCGUCACGACAGCAGGUUCCCCCAAACCCAAGAUCUUGUCAAUUUUGUUGAGGCCAGUUAAAUAGUUCCCAAUGUUUAGAUUUGGAGAGCAGUGCAAAAAGAGGCAACAAGGAAUUUAAGACAAGACAAAACAAAGAAGGAAGCAGAAGAGAUAAGGGAGAGGAAAGGGGAGCGUCCACCCUCGAUGAGAGUCAUACUUUUUUGUUUGUUUAAUGCCCUUUUUGUGAAAGAAAACUUUGUUUCGCACAAAAUGUGCAAUAUUAUUCCCCCAAAAUAUUUGAAAGUGAAAUUGUUCCAGUGAAGUAAUUGGAGCCUUCAGCAGGUCAAUAACAGUCCGCAUGGCAGCUUUGUGUUAUUACUGUCAACACUGGAAAUGUUUCUUGUUACAUGUCACUGUUUACUCUUUUAUGUUUUACAUUUUCAUUAUAGUAUUUUUUAGAAUUGGCCGGGGGCCAUUAACAAAUUAGCUGGGGGCCACAAAUGUUCCUCGGGCCGCACUUUGGACACAGCUGCAUUAAAUUCACUGAUGUGAUUGGCGCGAUGUGAUUGGUCGCUCAAGCUGCAGUUCCCUCCAUCUCCUGCGAGCGUCGCUGUGGAGCGACGACCUAAGUCUGCGUCCCUCUCGGGCGCGCGCCUCGCGUCCGUCCUGUCCCGAGGCGGUUCGCGCGCACGUCGACGACCUAUCUGCAGGUCACGUGAUGGCGUCCCCGGCCCUGGCGGACCUGUCCCGCCUCUACCAGACGGAGUUCGUGCGCAGCGCGCGUGCCGUGGGCGUGCUGUGGGCCGUGUGCACACUGUGCUUCGCCGUCAUCCAGGUGGUCGUCCUGGUGCAGCCGUCCUGGGUCGGCACCACCGACGCCCGCCACCAGGGGGCGGGGCCACCGCCGCCCAGCGGCACCUUGGGUUUAUUCGAGGUGUGCUUGGAGUCGGACCUCCCGUUUCCGGACUGCCGCGGACGCCUGUCCAGCUUGUCCCCGCUGCCGUCCUUCCAGUCGGUGGCGGUCCUGGUGGGCGUGUCCCUGUGGGCGGUGUGGACCAGCGUGAUGUGUCUCUGCCUCUUCCGCUUCUGCAGCGCCGCCACCGUCUACAAGAUAUGCGCCUGGCUGCAGCUCACAGCAGGGUUCUGCCUGGCGCUGGCGUGCGUCCUGUUCCCCGACUCCUGGGAGAGUCCCGAGAUGAGAGUCCUGUGCGGAGACUCGGUCGGCAGCUUCUCGUCCGGGAACUGUUCGGUCCACUGGGCCUACAUCCUGGCCAUCCUGGGCGUGUUGGACGCCGCCAUCUUGGCCACGCUGGCCUUCGUCCUCGCCAACAGACAGGACGCUCUCCUGCCGCCACUCAGCAAGGAAGGACUGCUGAUGUCAGCGUAGACGUCACGUGACUCUCCAUCGGAUCUUCGUCAAGUCGUCCUCCUCGCUAGCCGUUAGCAUGGUUAGCAUCAGUGUCACAAAGCUAGGUUACAGGCUGAUGACAUCAUCAAAAAUGACCUUUGACCUUUCAAUGUUGUGUCCCACGUUGCCAAAUAAAAAGGUGUGCACA